CGCGCGGUGGAUUAUGGGAGGCGUUAGGGGUCAAUUCGUGGAACGGCGCAGGCGCGGCCGGACUAGCACGCAGGGUGUUUCCGUUGGCCGGGUUGGACGCGAUUGUCUCUUCCGGCCUCCGCUUGCCUCUCCGCAGAAUGCCGCGCCUGGUGCCAGCGAUGCUGAGUGCCCACCCUCUCCCUACAGCCCACCCAUGUCCGGCUGCGAGCUGCCCCUGGGCAUAUGCCCGGACAUGUGCCCGGCCGCCGAGCGCGCCCAACGUGAAAGGGAACGUCGCUUGCACCGCUUCGAGGUGGUGCCGGGCUACGGCGGGCAUCCGCCCCGCGCCGACCCGCUGCGCGCCGUGAAGGAGUACAGCCGGCCGGCCGCGGGCAAGCCCCGGCCCCCGCCCAGCCAGCUGCGUCCGCCCUCCGUGCUGCUGGCCACCGUGCGCUACCUGGCCGGCGAGGUCGCCGAGAGCGCCGACGCGUCGCGCGCCGAGGUGGCGGGCUUCGUGGCGGACCGCCUGCGCGCGGUGCGGCUGGAUCUGUCCCUGCAGGGCGCGCGCGACACCGAGGCGGCCGCUGUGCUGGAGGCCGCGCUGGCCACGCUGCUGGCCGUGGUGGCGCGGCUGGGGCCGGAAAAGGCGCGCGGGGCCGCCGACCCGGUGCUGCUGCAGACCCAGGUGCAGGAGGGCUUUGGCUCGCUACGGCGCUGUUACGCACAGGGCAUUGGACCGCACCCGCGCCAGGCCGCUUUCCAGGGCCUCUUCUUGCUCUAUAACUUGGACUCUGAGGAGGCCUUACAUGAGGUUCUACAGCUGCCCGCCACCCUGCGAGCCUGCUCGCCCCUGCGCACCGCCCUGGCUGUUGCUGCAGCCUUCCGUGAAGGCAACGCUGCCCGCCUGUUCCGUCUGCUUCGAACCCUGCCCUACCUACCAAGCUGCGCAGUGCAGGGCCACCUGAGUCAUGCCCGCAGGGCAGCCCUGGCCCGACUCUCCCAGGCCCUGAGCACCCCCAAAGGACAGACCUUGUCUCUGGGCUUCAUAGUGCAUCUACUGGCCCUGGAUGGAUCCCAUGAAGCACGGGAGCUGUGUCAGGCCCAUGGGCUGUCCUUGGACGGAAAAGACAGAGUUGUGUUCUUAAGAGGUAGCUACUCUGAAAAAGGGUUGCCACCAGCCAGUACCUGCCACUUGUUAGUGGGGAGCAAGCUGCGAGGGCGAACACUGGAGGAGGUGGUCAUGGCAGAAGAGGAAGAAGAGGAUAUGCUCAGGCCUGGGUCCCCAGCCUGAAGGGAUGCAGUCUCCGGGAGCCCCAGGACUGGGUCAAAGCACUUCAGGGUUUUUUUUUUUCCCCCAUGAUUCCUGGACAAUAAAGGGGACUUGUUUUAUAGGGACCAGUUGUUAGACUUCAUUUAUUUGAGGGUUUUGAGGGGUAUGACACACAUAAUAGUGGGAAGAAAGGAAAAUAGGUUGGAUAAGGCCAUGUUCACUCUGGGCAUCACUUCCACUCUGAAUGGUGGCUUUGGUGGUCUCUGAGUUGGCAUCGUGUAUCCUAUCCUCUCCUACCAUACCAUGAGCAAUUAAUUGGCUUUA